AAAAUUCAUGGAAUUUCGAAAUCUAGAGCCUCACCCUCACAAACUUCAACAAUCAAGCAAGCAAAUACAACAUUUUCAAAAUGCGUCCUCUUACAGAACCAGAAACUCAAACGCUCUUUGCGAAAUUGGCGGGAUAUACUGGAAACUCAUUGAAGAAUCUUAUUGCACCAUUGGAUAACACCCCAAAUGCCGAUCGAUAUGUUUUCCGAGUUCAACAAUCAAGAUGUUAUUAUGUACGAUUAUCGCUCGCAAAUCUUGCGACUUCUAUCUCUAGAGACAAGUUGUUGUCAUUAGGAAUCUGUCUUGGUAUGUGUCCUGAGUCGAUUUCUGAAAACGUUUUAUAGCUAACUAUUCUGCGCAGGAAAAUUCACAAAAUCAGGCAAAUUUCGCAUUCACAUCACCGCUCUCCCUAUCCUCGCCGAACACGCCCGCUACAAGGUUUGGGUUAAAGCCAAUGGAGAGAUGCCGUUCCUCUACGGUGGACAUGUUGUGAAAGCGCAUGUUGGAAGAUGGUCAGAAGAUUGUCCAGAACAUCAGGGUGUCGUUGUCUAUAGUAUGAAUGAUACGCCAUUGGGAUUUGGGGUCACGGCCAGAAGUACACAGGAAGCUAGAAGAUUGGAUCCUACAGGAAUUGUCUGUUUUAGACAGGCGGAUGCUGGAGAGUAUUUGAGAGAUGAGGAUACGCUUUUCGCGACUUCCUAGGAGGGAAGGAUGUUGCACUUGAAGGACUGAUGAUGGAGGUGGUGAAAGGGAACGGAGUUUGGGAUAAAAUGGCGUUUAUAUGGAGUAGGGAAGAGCAUAAUUCCUGGCAAGUUGCCACUAUUCAAUGAAAUCUUCCCUAAAUAUUGGGGAUACUCAAUAAUCUCACUUAUUGUCUCAUUCAAGCAGGCUACUAUUCUUCCAUUACUUAUCUCUUCGUCUUAUUCCAAGUGCCAUUGAACUGCCUUUUAUCAGGACGGCCAAAUGGAUUUAUCCGAGCGUACCAAGUAUGGUAGAACUAAAAUAAGUCAUGUCUUUUUACAUUGUCAUGAUCAAUCUGCAUCUUUCAUAUUUUGCCUUUAUGUUAUAUCAAUGCUAUUUAAGAAAAUAGCAAGAAAGAUGAACAAUUGACCGAAUAUGGAAAAUUA